CGCCAUCCUCGACCGCAUCCGCCAGUUUGCCCCCAUUGGCGAUGUUUUGAUCGGCGGCUCGCAAAAUCUCCUCGCAUGCGGCGCCUGGGCCGCUGUGCGGGUGGCUUUAGAGGUAUGUCAAUUCAUCACGGCUGGUCAUACAUCAUCUUUUGUCGAUGUACGAGGAGAGGAGUCGGGGAUGUGGGGGAUGACGGGACGGCCGCAAAUCUUCUAAUAAUGACAGAUUUCCCUGAGUUUCCUGUCGUACUUUGACAAGGUCUCAAACUUGCUCCUGAGGAUUGGACGCUCCGUCUCACUGCACCAAGAUUUCGCCAUGCUCUUCCCCCAAUGCCGACAAGUCCAGGGCUACAUGUGCGAGUACAUUAUCGUUGUUGUCGACAUCAGCAAGAAUAUCGUCACCCACGCUCGGAAAUCGCUCGCCUCGCAAGUUGCCUCCUCGUUUGGCUCCUCGUUCGAUUCCGUUAUCAAGCCGCUGGAGACGGACAUCGCCGAGUGGGGGCGGCUGAUAGAGAAGCGGACCGCCAUGCUCGUGGCCAAGUCGACUCUUCAAGAACAGUCGUCCAGUCUGGAACGGCUCAACAGACUGCAAAUAGCAACGUCACGAGAAGCUGCCAGGCGCAACCGGGAAGCUCGCAAACACCGUAUCCUCGAAUUCCUGUGCCCGGACCAAAAAGAGUUAGACUUCAUAUGGCGUCGAGAACGAAAGAAGGGGACCUCGAACUGGAUACUCAAAGACCACGAGUAUCACAAAUGGCUCAAGUGCCCCGUUUCGUCUGCCAUUUGGCUGCAGGGCAACCUGGGGUCUGGAAAGACCGUCACCAUGGCUUCCGCCAUUGCUGACCUAGUCCUGACCAAAGGGGACGCGAGCUCCGGCCCCGCUCCGACUAAACAAAGACCCCGGACUGUCUCGUACUUUUUCUGCAAAAGCAACAACCAAAAGACGCUGCAUGUGGAUAACAUACUCGGAAGCAUUGCCUACCAGGUCCUGAGUAGUCCGGUCCUCGCAUCAACAAUCGAACAGUUUUUAGAUCGCACCGACGGCUCCCCAACCACAUCCAACCCCGAAGCCUACGUUCAACUCAUCUUGGACAUUACCCCGCCGGACUGGGAGGGAGUCUUUGUGCUGGAUGGUCUCGACGAAGCUCCGCACGAGGAGAUGGACGAGCUGUUCAUACAGAUGAAGCGUCUCAUGACUGCUAGGCACGUUCGGCUAUGCUGCUCAUCUCGACCAACGUCGAGAUGCAAGACAAUCGCGGAAUCCAUGAUGCAGAUCAACGCGACGCUUUCCAUGGAGCAUGCAGACCGCUCUGGUGAUAUCCUCAGUUAUAUAUCGACAGAGGUAGAGCGGUGGAAGUUGACCAGGCCGUUCUCCGCUGAACUGGAACAGCUGAUCACGAGGCAGCUACUGGUGGGCUGCCAGGGCAUGUUCCUGUGGCUGUCCCUCCAGAUUGAAGCCAUCUGCCCGAAAUACACCCAGGAUCUUCGGUCCGAGGCCGACAUAUCAAACAUCAUGAACAACCUACCCCGCAACCUCCCAGAGGCCUUCGACCAGGCCCUUUUAAGGAUUUCAGACCACAGAUACAAUUCUAGGAUCUUCCAACUCGUCGCCGCUGCCGACCCGUGCCUAUCCCUAGACGAAUUACGUGUGGCCGUCAAUGUUGAGCCCGGAAUCCUAGCAUGGAACUCCUCGAGCCUUGUCGGUUCUGGGCACACCCUAGCAUCGCAGUACGGCGGCAAUCUUCUUGACAUCGACGAGGAGGAUCUCGGCGUCAGGUUCAUCCACCACAGCGCUCUCCUGCACCUUGCCGGCCGCCCCGUGCUCCGGAGCGCGGCGCCCUUUCACUUUGACUUCCAAGAUUCCGAGGUCACUUUAGGUGCGGUUUGCGUGACGUAUCUAAACUACAGCGUCUUCGAGAACCGGGUCUCGACGGCGCAAAAGGUCUCCUUCGCCCAGGUCCCCCAGAUGGUGGCCGAGUCGGCCAUGCCGUCCAACAGGCUCUCUCAGAAGGUCAUGAGAAUUUUGUCCAAGGAUAAACGCUCCAGCGUCUCCAAGAUUGACCUGGAGCGCCUGGCGUCCGACUUGCUAGCACACAGAUUCAAAGUCCACGACGACGUACAGCUCUUUCUGCCCUACGCCAAAGCAUACUGGCUGAUCAUGUCCAGGAGCUUCUCCGAGGCAAUAGAUCCCGCUGUGUACUCUCUCUGGAAGACAUUACUUACCGGAGCCGUGCCAUCCAUCUCAGGCUCUCUCCCUUGGGAUGCUAGCUCCGCCGCCUCCGCCGCAGAAUGGGCCGUCCACAACAACCACGGCUUUUUCUUCAGACACCUCCUCUUCAACUCAGACACGGAUAGCUUGAGCGAGGUCCUAUCAACAACAGUUCGCCUAGCCGAGGAAGACGAACGGAACCGGGCCACGGCCGCAAACGGCCUGGCUGUUGAGGGAGGUCGGCAAGGGUUCAACCUGUCUGGAGAAGCCCUGGGCCCACUAGUGCCGGUCUACCUGAUGAGUUGCAUGCAAGCUAUGCGCAAUAUCGAUCAUUCCGUUGUCCUGCGCUUCAUCGGUCUAGGCAGUCUUCCUUUUGGUACGGGUGACCGCUGCAACCAGUUCAUGGACCCGACGAGGGCCAAAUUCAGCUUGAACUCCAUUGCUCGCUCGGCCAUCACGCACGUAUUUACUGACACAUGCCGUUCCCCACCCAAAACAUGCAUGUGUGAUCCUAUCAUUUAUUUUACGAACUACCUCCCUCACAUCGAUGCCUUGUUGGAUAACGGGAUGACUCUCUUGCAUACGGCCAUCCAGCAAAAUCACGAGCGGCUGGCAUGGACUCUGCUGACCGAACACGGCGCAGAUCCCAACGGUUCCAGCGUGUCCGGCUUCCCCAGCCCACUGCAGCUCUGUCUACAACAGGAUAGGAGCCUCGCGGCAUUGGCCGGCCUGCUCGUUAAGCUGGGGGCCGAUGUCUUAGCCAACCCAGACAACGACAUCCCGCCCUUUUUUCUCGCCAUCGGCAUUCCCGACUACAAGGUCUUCCACGUGCUCCGCGGCGCAGGCGCCUACGACAGGACCCGGCGCUACGGCUCCAAGAACGAGACGGCGUUCGAGUUCGCCUGCCGGAAGUACUGCGAGCCCCGGCUCCGGGACUACCCGUACGUCAUCCUGAACACGCUGUUCAAGGACGGCGCCGAGGUGAACUCGCGCAACAGCAGCGGCGAGACACCACUCCUGAUGGCGUCCAGAAGCGGCACCGCCGCCCUGAUCACGAGGCUCCUCGAGCUGGCGGCGGACCCUAACGUCGCGGACGUCCACGGCGCAACGCCGCUCCACUACGCCCACGGCGACGUCGCCGCUGAACUCAUAGAAAACGGCGCACGCCCGGACGCGGUCUGCGAAGGCGUGACGCCUCUCAUGGCUGCCGCCCACCAGGGAGACGUCGAGGCCGUCAAGGCUCUUUUGCAAAGCGGCAGCGACACAAACCACCGGCUGGAGGCGUCACCCGUGGCAGCCGGGGACGAGGUCCUCAACUGGCGGGUGCGCAUGACAAAAAACCAGUCGCAGAAGAACGUGCUGAUGAAUACGGGCUUCAAGGCCGCGCUGGGAGAUACGGCGCUGUCCAUGGUGAUGCGCCGGCUGGAAACUCUCAGCGAGGCGAUGACGGAGGCGGAGGAGCUCCGGGGGCGGGAGCUGUUGCUAGAUGGCAUACAAAAAGAAGAGGUCGGGCUUUUCAGGCACCUCUGGGCCACUUAUGGGACGAUUGCGGUCGACCUCAUAGACGCUGGGGGGAAUACUGUCGACGCCUUGAAGAACGAUGGCGCUUUCCAGGAGCUGUAUGAGGAAAUCCCAUUCUGGCAGCCCAUCUUAAGCAGUCUGCGCGGACAGCGUCAGGAUGAAGACGGAUACCUGACAUACCGACGGAAGACUGGGCACAUUCUGGAUGGUGUCGACGAAUCCUAGCAUGGUUGUCGUGACAGUAUCUGGAGGUGCCGGUGGGAGACAACGAUUACAGAGGGCAGAGACACCUGGCAGACUAGACUGGUCCAUGACGGAGCGAACUGUUUUGUCGUUUUGUUCUCGAGUAGCCUCCAAG